UUUGGUCCGGAAGGGAAGGCUCUCGGCGAGAGGGUGUCACUCACAGAAUGUGACAGGGAGGGGAAAGAGCGAGCGUGAGGCAUCUUAUAGGGUGGGGGUACAGAACAGGGAAAGGCAAUGCACGCGCGCACAGUCGCCUAGGCUACCGUCUGUCCCGUUAUCCAGCCAGGAGCCAUCUGAAUGAAUGAUUGACGCAGAAAAUUGCCAACGGUCUUCACCCGAAGAACAAACGUUCCCCAAGGAAGACUGACAGCAACAAGAAACAGUAUGUUUGUUUUCCUUCAGUUUUUGAGUUUUCGAGGCUUUGCUGAGAAGAAGCCAUAAUUAUGAAAAUGAACGGCGUUUCUGUCAGAAGUGGACAAGACAUGAGCAUUCGCAGGCAGACGACACACGGGCAUUGAAUUACAUUACAGGCUAAGCUAAAGAAUGUCUGCGUAAAGAUAAGGAUUAACGUUGCCACAGAGAGGUAGUCGCCGAAUGUAACCUUCAUUUAGACACGGAGCGGUUCAUAUUCUAUUGGUGUGGUAAGCUAUAACAGAGACCGGAAUCCUCACUGCCACGAGACCUGCGGUGACCAGCGGAUCGCUGGUGCCACACGCACAAGAGACACCCCUGUCAGACGGAGGGAUCAACUCUCCUCUACGCUCUUUUGUUGGCUACACCUGUGGUUAUCUCCCGGGCAACCCGCUACCGAAUUCCAUCACCGGAACAGUGGUAACCAAGACUCCCCGGCUGCGAGGGUAACUGGACGGCGUGGGAGCAAUCAGCGGUUUCAAGUGUAUUCCUGAAAGGCAGACCCUCUGCAACUAUGUCAGCCCUACACCUCCCAUCCCUCCAUCCCUCCUCUCUCCCCUCUGUACUCCUCUUUGUCUCCAUCGUGCUCCUCCUGACUCUUCCUGGUCCAACCCUGGGUGGCUCUGCUUCUCCGUCCGAGGGAGGUGACGUCAAAGCUAACUGCACAGCUGCUGGAGAUCCCUGUCAGGAAGGAGUGGUGCUACCCGUCUGGAACCCCCAGAACCCCUCUGUAGGAGACAAGGUGGCGCGGGCCAUUGUCUACUUUGUAGCUCUGAUCUACAUGUUCCUGGGGAUGUCCAUCAUUGCUGAUAGAUUUAUGUCUUCUAUAGAGGUGAUCACCUCUCAGGAGAAGGAGAUAACCAUAAAGAAGUCAAAUGGGGAGACUACCACGGCUACUGUGAGGAUUUGGAAUGAGACUGUCUCUAACCUUACACUUAUGGCCCUGGGUUCAUCAGCCCCAGAGAUACUGCUCUCUGUCAUAGAGGUUUGUGGCCAUGGAUUUGAAGCUGGUUCCCUGGGCCCUUCCACCAUCGUGGGCAGUGCGGCCUUUAACAUGUUCAUCAUCAUCGCCCUGUGUGUCUACGUGGUCCCUGAUGGGGAGACCAGAAAGAUUAAACACCUCCGUGUGUUCUUUGUGACCGCUGCGUGGAGUGUGUUUGCUUACAUCUGGCUCUACCUAAUCCUGUCAGUUUUCUCUCCUGGGGAGGUGGAAGUCUGGGAGGCAGUGGUCACCUUUCUGUUCUUCCCUCUCUGCGUAGUCCAGGCGUGGGUUGCUGACCGACGACUCCUCUUUUACAAGUACGUCCGUAAGCGCUACCGGGCCGACAAGCACAGAGGCAUCAUCAUCGAGACAGAAGGGGGGAUGGAUGGAGGGAUAGGCGGAGGAGGAGGGAUGUUGGGACCGGGUGGUUUCACUAAGAUGGACAUGAUGGAGCUGGAUGGACAUGCUGUGGAUGGAUGGAGGGAAGGAGUACUGACAGAUGACAGAGAAGUGGGAGGAGCGCGGGAUCUGGAGGAUGUGGCCAGGAGAGAUAUGGCAAGGACACUGAAAGAGUUGAAAGCGAGACAUCCUGAUAAAGACACGGAACAGCUCAUAGAGAUGGCAAACUACCAGGUGUUGGUCCAGCAACAGAAGAGCCGCGCAUUCUACCGUAUCCAGGCAACCAGAAUGAUGAUUGGAGCAGGGAACAUUCUUAAGAAGCAUGCUGCGGACCAGGCUAGAAAGGUGGUAAGUUCCCACGAGCCCCACCCCCAGGAGGAUGACCCCCACACGACCCGGAUGGAGUUUGAACCCACCAACUACCAAUGCUUUGAGAACUGUGGAUCCCUUAAACUGACCGUGGCCCGUCAUGGUGGAGACCCAGGAGCUUCUGUUAAGGUGGAUUACCGUACCGAAGACGGCACGGCCAAUGCAGGCUCAGAUUACGAAUUUGCAGAAGGAACUCUCCUCUUCAAACCGGGCGAGACCCUCAAGGAGAUCACGGUGGGCGUGAUCGAUGACGACAUCUUUGAAGAGGACGAGUACUUCUACGUUCAUCUCAGCAAUCCUCGUGUGGCUGGCUAUGACCCGUUGGAGACAAACUCUAACUCCGCCCCUAAAGCAGUACUCGGCGAGGGUCACACGGCGACCGUGACGAUAUACGACGAUGAUCACGCUGGGAUAUUUUCAUUUGAGAGCGACGCCAUGCGGGUGAGCGAGAGCAUUGGGUUGAUGGAGGUCAGGGUUCAGCGGACAUCGGGGGCCCGUGGGCUCGUAGCUGUGCCCUACAGAACCAUAGAUGGGACAGCCCGGGGCGGAGAGGACUUUGAAGAGGUAUCGGGAAAAUUGGAGUUCCAGAACGAUGAAACUAUGAAGAUAAUAGAAGUGAAAAUUAUCGAUGAUGAGCUGUAUGAGAAGAACAAAACCUUCACCAUGGAAUUGGGGGAGCCACUACUGCUUGAUGUUGGUCAGAAACACGGCGACUCCAAUGAGAACAAGCCAUCAGAUGACGAGGUCGCCAAAAUGGGUUGUCCCAGUUUGGGAGAAAACACACGCAUUGAGGUGGUCAUCGAGGAGUCCUACGAGUUCAAGUGUGGGGUGGACACACUUAUAAGGAGAACUAAGAAGAGCACGGUAGAUAAGUUGAUCAAGAAGACUAACCUUGCAUUGGUGGUGGGAAGCAGCAGCUGGAGGGAACAGUUCGUCUCUGCUGUCACUGUCAGCGCAGGUGAUGAUGAUGAAGAGGAGAGCGGUGAAGAGCGUCUUCCCUCCUGUUUCGACUACAUCAUGCAUUUCCUCACUGUCUUCUGGAAGGUCCUGUUCGCCUUUGUCCCUCCGACGGAGUACUGGAAUGGCUGGGCCUGUUUCAUCGUAUCUAUAUCUCUGAUUGGAAUUUUGACGGCUGUGACCGGUGACCUUGCCUCUCACUUUGGCUGUACAGUGGGUCUUAAGGACUCUGUCACUGCAGUGGUGUUUGUAGCACUGGGGACCUCUGUGCCAGACACCUUUGCCAGUAAGGUUGCCGCCAUCCAGGACCAAUACGCUGAUGCCUCCAUUGGCAAUGUCACGGGCAGUAACGCGGUGAACGUCUUCCUUGGUAUCGGAGUGGCAUGGACCAUCGCUGCCGUCUUCUGGCGUUCCAAGGGCCAGGUGUUCCGCGUCGACCCGGGCUCGCUGGCGUUCUCCGUCACCCUCUUCACUGUGAUGGCGUGUGUGUGUGUGAUGAUGCUGCUCUACAGGAGGCGCGCGUCUGUGGCUGGCGGCGAACUCGGAGGGCCGAGGACUACCAAGAUUGUGACAUCACUGGCCUUCGUGUUCAUGUGGCUGAUUUACAUACUGCUGUCGUCGCUGGAGGCUUACUGUCACAUACCUGGGUUCUAGAGAGAGAGGGCGCGUUGACAAGAGUGUUGGGAGGGGAGAGCAACAAGAGAGAUGAGAAGGUGGGAGGGAAAGGCAGAGAGGAAGGGAAAGUGGGAGGAAAAGAAAAAAAAGUGCCUUCUCUCUUCACUAGUGCUCUCACUCUGAUUCCUCUGCUGCCAUGGUAAUUAAAGGAACAUCGAAAGAAGAAAGCAACAUCCCCAAGACAAGACCCUGGUGGAAAUCUGGCUUGCCUGUUACUCCCUCAAAAUGCAUACUGUGUACUAGUUAUACUACAUACGUUAGGACAUACUGUUUAGUAAAAACUACUGCAAUAAACAACAAAUAUCAAUACACUAA